AUGGCCGAUGAAGAAGACUACUCGAAGCUUCCGUUGGAAGAGAGACUUACUCAUAAGGUGUGGAAAGUAAGACAAGGAGCAUACGCUGAAACAAUUGGAGGAUUUGAAACUUCUAGAAAUGAGAAUGAUUCAUGUUUUACGCCAUAUAAAAGAUCACCUGAACUUCUAAAGACAUUCCUUUCCGAUUCGAACGUUGUGGCUCAGGAAUUGGCUGUUAAAUUGGUUGAGAAGUAUUUGGAGCUUGGAGGCACACCAAGUGUUAGCCAGCAAUUUAAGAGCGUGGGACUUGUGACAGUUUUAGGAGAAAAGACAUUAGCUUCUUCCAGAAAGAAUACCAAAGAUUCAGCAAUUGAGUGCAUAUUGUUGCUAGUUCAAAAUUCAGAAUCUCCAGACCAAGUGGUUGAAGAUCUUCUUCCAUUAUUUAAACAUCGAUUGCCCAAAUUAGUGGCAGGCUCGGUAAACUCAGUGAGUAGAGUGAUUGAAGAAUUUGGUUGUCCUAUCGUAAGUCCCAAGCCUAUCAUACCUCAUUUAGCAAAGUUGUUUGCCCAUGCAGAUCGGAAUGUUAGAGCUGAGGCUACUAAACUAGUUGUUGAGCUCCAUAAAUGGAUGGGGAAGUCCUUGGAAACAUUAUUAUUUGAUGAUCUUAAACCAAUUCAACAAAAAGACUUACUAAAGGCAUUUGAAGCUGCUAAAAAUGAAACACCACAACAGAAGCGAUUCACCAGAAGUCAAUUAGAAGCCCAAAGAUUGGAAGCAGAAAGACAAGCAGCUGCUGAAGCCGCUGUAGCCGCAGCAAGUGCCAGUGGACCAGAAGAGUUAAUGGAAUCAGGUUCAAAUGAACAUUUGAUGGAAAUUGAUGGGCCUAUGGAAAAUCAAUUCUCGGCCUAUGAUAUGCAAGACCCGGUUGAUGUUUUGUCGAAACUUCCUGGAGAUUUUGAAAGUCGAAUUACCUCCUCAGUUUGGAAGGAAAGAAAGGAAGUUCUUGAAGAAGUUGUAGCAAUUUUGUCCAAAGCCAUUAAGUUAGAUUCCCAUGCUGAUUAUUCCAAUAUACUUCGAAUAUUUGCCAGGUGUAUGAAAGAUGCAAAUAUUCAAGUUGUUCAAUUGGCUGCUAACAGUAUUGAAUAUAUUAUUAAAGGCUUGAGAGAUUCUUUUCAAAAAUAUUAUUCCAUUGUUCUUUUACCAAUUAUUGAAAGAACGAAAGAAAAGAAAGCAUCGGUGGCCACUGCAUUAAAUGAUGCUCUUGACUCAAUAUUUAAUGCUACUUCGUUAACAUGCAUAUUAGAUGAUUCAAUAUCUGGAUUACAAAAUAAAACACCACAAGUUAAGAUAGCAUCGGCAGCGUAUUUACAAAGGUGUCUUGCUAAAACUACUAAGGCUCCAACAAGUUCGGAAAUUGAUGCAAUAAUGACAAUUGGUGUUAAGCUUUUAAGUGAUGCCCAAGAGCCUAUUAGACAAGCAUCCACGGAAAUGAUUGGGACUUUGAAGAAAAUUGUGGGACCCAGAGAAAUUAAUAUGUUUCUAGAGAAGGUCGAUGACAACAGAAAGGCUAAAAUAGAUAAAUUCUUUGAGUCAGUCCAGGUGAAAUAUAAUCCAGUUGACAGCAAUCAAAAGAGAACGUCACAAUCAGCAGCAGCAGCAGCAGCUGGUGCUUCAUCAUUAUCAAGCAUAAAGCCAAGACAAUCACUUACACCUUCAUCAAUGCCUGUUAAAAGAGCUGCAACUUCACCUGUUAAGAGGGAGGAUGAAAACAAUAAAGUGAGUUCAUUUGGACGUGGUUUAACGGGAAGAAGUCUUGGAACUAGACCACCUUCAGCAAUAGGCAAAGGCUCUUCUAAUAAUGUUUAUUCCAAUUCAAUUAGAACAAAUAGAAUAGGGAAUAAUGGAACUGGGUCUAAUGGUGCGGACUCAACAUCUUUUACAAACCAAGAACGGGAAGAGCUUAUUAAGUUACGUGAAGAGAAACAACAAUGGCUUAAGGAACGUCAAGAAUACCUCCAGUUACUGAAUGGCUUUGAGCAACAAAGAUCUUUUCUAAAGGAGGAAGCUAGUCAAUGGAGGGAGAAAUGUGAACAAUUACAACGUGAAUUUUCAUCUAUUGACUCAGAGAAAGAUAAUACUAUUCUGCGUUUGACUCUUGAGUUGGAGAAUGCAAAACUUCGAGUUAAGGAUUUGGAAAAGGAUAAACAAUUUUUAGAAUUACAAGUUAAUCGUCAACGGUAUCAGGAUGAGUACAAACGAAGUUCCAUAUUACAAACUCAGAAGCAACAAGAAGUUGUACAACAACGGAAACAAGAACAACAACAACUUGAUCAGGAUAUCCAGAAUUUACAAAAUUCAUAUGUUUCUCCAAUUAGAGAACCUUCACUUAGCUCACAAGAAUUGAGCUCACGUGUUAAUCGGCUUUCAAUUGAUGGGGAUAAAAUAAUAUCAAAAGGUAAUACUAACAAUUUUGCUACUAAUAAAACCCCUGAUAGGUUAUCAAAUUUCUCGAUGCCAUCUCAUCAGGAAGAACCUCCAGUUCAAAAGUCUCCAUUCAAGAUUGGAGCCACAGAAGAUAGUUGGAAGAGAGCAGCCGAAGUUACGAACCAAUUGAAAGCCAGAAUAGAAAAGAUGAAAGCAAGAUCGAGAGGACAGAACACUCCAAAAUAA